AAAAGGCAAAACAAAAGCCGGGCCGGCAUUUUGAUUUUGGUAUCUCUUGGAGUUUUCCGUAAAUUUAUCGAAUAAAUCAUUAUUUUAUAAUAAUUAAAAUCGCUCAAAAUGAAUUUCUUACCUCUUCCUGGCCCCGAUUGCGAUGUGGUUAAAAAAAUUAUCGAAUUGGGAUUCUACGAUCACUUGGAAAUCAAGGAGCCCCACGAAUACGUCGACCGGUGUUUGGACAUUCUGCAAUCUGCUCCGAAAUGCAUCAGCGAACUUCGCAGAAGCGACAGCGCCAUGGAACAAUCCAAAAACAACACUAUUGCCGACAAUGUCAGAAACGAGGGCAACGCGUUCUACCACAAUCGCAAAUGGAUGAACGCUUUGAUUUUGUUCAACAACACCAUUUGCUACGGUAAACCCGACAGCGCCCAAUUGGCCAAGGGUUAUGCGAAUCGCUCCGCUUUACUGUUUGAGAUGAAAUAUUACAAACAAUGUUUGGAGGACAUCGAUAAAGCCCUUAACAUAGUAAGUUACACGAGCGACCAAAGACGAAAGCUCAUAGACAGACAAAAAGAAGCCAAAAAACUCUUGCCAAAGCAAGAACUGAAAUAUUUCCACAAGGAAAUUCCAGAAUUGUCAUCUGUCAACCCAGACAUCACUGCAGCCUCUCUCUCAGUAAAAAUCCAGAAAAACGACAAAUACGGGCGAUUCAUUGAGGCAACACGAGACAUUGAAGGUGGAGAAAUAAUAGCAAUUGAGCGUCCUUACGCCAUAGCCAUUAAGGAGAAAAAGAAAAAAAUGUAUUGUUCAGAAUGUGCUGAAUUCAGCCUCAAUUUAAUACCGUGUCUUAAAUGCUCAACUGUAAUGUAUUGCGAUGAGAUUUGCCGCGAUAAAGCUUUUAAAGAUUACCACGAAUAUGAGUGUGUAGUUAUCAGAUAUUACGAUGACGGUUUCAUGGAGCAUCCCUUAGGUUGGGUGGCGCUCAGAUCGGCCCUCAAAGGCCUCAAAGAAUAUAAAAAUUUCGACAAACCCCGCUCCUACCAGAACGUAUACAGAUCGAAUCGCUACAAGGAAAUUUUCGAGUUGGACUCUUUUAACAAAGGAAUGUCGCAAACUGUCAUAAUGGAAUUGGCCUUUAACAUUGCCAAAAUAUUUCACGUGCUCAAAAACAAGACGGAUUUGAUUCAGAAAUAUAAAAUAACCGAAAAGGAUUUGAAAUUUUUGCUUUUGAAGGAAAAAUUGACCAACGCCUUAAAUAGUUUGCCCAUUCAAGUUUAUACGCCUGAGGCUGAAUGUGUGGGCAAAUCUGUUGGAGCUGGAGUGUACGCCUUUGGCAGUUUGUUUAAUCAUUCUUGUGUGGAGAAUGUGGAUAUUUUUUCUUAUGGAGCUGUCCAGGUUUACAAAGCUGUCAAGAAAAUAAGGAAGGGAGAGCAGUGUUUUAUUAAUUAUGGUAUGCCUUAUCAAAUGAUGAAAAAAUCCGAUCGCCAAGAAAAACUAAAAAUCCGCUACCAGUUCACUUGCGAUUGCCGCGCCUGCGCAAACAACUGGCCGAUGAUGGGCGAAGGCAAAUUAACUGGAAAAUUACAAAUGACAGAUUUGUCCACAAGCGACCCGAUGUUGGCCGUAAAACUGGUCCGGCUGUUGCUACUGGUAGAGGGCAAAAAUAAAAUAACCGACAAAAAUCGCGAAGAUGUUUUAAAGGAGGUUUUUGAAGUUCUGGACAUGUUGAGGUUUCAGGAACCCACCAAUAUUCAUUUGGUUUUGUACGAUAUUUUGAGUGUCGCUAUGCGAUACGGCAAUGUUUUGUAUGAGGAUUAUUGAGUUUAUUUAAGGUAAGUGAGGUCCGGAUUAUUUCUGGUUUUUAUCAGAUGGUGAUUAAACCGGGCCUAAGUAUGUUAUUUGUGUUAAAGGUUUUCUUCUACAACUUAUUCUUUUUGAGAUUUUCGACUUAGAAGCUUAACCUAAGUUUUUCAGUUAUUAGAGUUUCAGUAUUUUUUGUGGUUGUUGAAACCAAUUUAAUGUUUGAGAGUUGAUAUUUUCGUUGUGUUUUUUUUUUGACAAAGAAAAGUUUAUUUUUUGUUCUUUGAGAAUUAACCUACAUUUAUUUGAAGUUUUGGUUAGUUGAAUGCAUUGGAACGAGUUUCUGCUGAUAAAAAUUAACUACAAAAAAAUUAUAUAUACUUUCUUCUAAGACUUAUAAGAACAGCUAAAAUACUUGAUUCAGUGUAUUUGAACUACAAUCACUAUUUGAAAGUUAGUUCUAUAGUUUUUUAAGGAUGUUAUAAGUAUUACAUUAGAAUAUUGAAAAUUUGAUUUUGGCACAAAGCAAACUAGUGAACUUCAUGCUAGUUUGCAGCCAACAAAUGUUUUUGAAAGUAUUUUCGUUUUGUGAUAAAUCAUAAUAUUAGAAUUUAGUUUUUUUUUUAUAUAUUUUCGAAUAGAAAAUUGAUUUCAAAUUAACAGUGCCUUAUUUGUGUUUCCAAUUUCACAUCUGAACCUGAUGC